CCAUAUUGUCAAGCCGUGUGCAACCAGGGAUGCUUGCAUGUUUGCCAGGUGUGCUGUGAAAGCAAACCCAGUCAGUCCAGUCUCAGAUUUUGUCAUUCAAACACAUACCCAAUCGAAUCCUAUCUUUAAUUAAUCAAAAGGGCUUCUUUACCAUUCAUCAAAAUCUAGCUAUUAAUCAAAACUCAAUGAUUUUAAGUCUCUAAUUAAGUGGCAGAGAUUUGCAGACACACACGAUCUGCAACGUAUGUGGUGUUCUGAUCUUGCUUGCUGAGGCGCUGAGCUUUACCAAUUUGACAUAAAAUAAUAACCACAAUAUAUAUUUAUAUGAUACAUGUAUGUACGUGAUAAUAAUUUGAUUUGUUUUUGCUUAAUGGUAGUGGCAAAAGUAGAGAUUAGGAAUUAAACAAUGUCCAUUUGUAGUCCAUGACUUGUAGCAAGUAUAUAUAUGUGUGUAGAUUAGCAUUCCUUAACUAUUUUAUAUAUAUAAGAAGUUGGCGUGUAAUAUUCUGAGAGUGAGUCCGUGAGUGAGAGAGAGAGAGACAAAGACAGAGAGAGAUAUUGAAUCAUCCUAGAUCAAACCUCGUCCUCCUCCUCUGUUUCUUUGAGUCUCUCAAAAGCUCUGAUCGAUUUAGAGUGAAAGAUUGAGAAAGCUGCUUAAUUUGAUCGUUCGAUCGAAGAAGACGAGGGUGGUCGAGAUUCGUUCGAGGGGUUAUUGAUCCUUGUUCUGAAUUGAAUUGGAGAGAUGGCGGAGGAGACAAUAUUAACACAGAAUAGUGACACUAGUGCUUCAGAUCAUAGAACUCCAAGUGUUGUGUUGGAUAUUGAGAGCCUUGCACAAUCCUCAGAUUUCUGCUCAGGGAGCCCCAAAAUGACUAGGGCACUCUCGCGGAAAUGGUCUUAUCGAGCAGAGAGAUCGAUUAACACUGAUCAGGAGGAAGACACAGAUCAUGAACCAACAAAGAAACUUCUAGUGAAAGUGAACUCUCAGUUGGAGACCUUGAAGCCGCCAUUGAUCACCUCAAAGUCAUUGCCGUCAACCUCACCUACUCUAAUGGGUACUAAUCUGCUGGAUACAGGGGAUGGUCGGAGCAAGAGGUUUAAUCGCUUUAUGACCAUCAACCCUCGGAAGAUCCUUCUCAUAUUUGCAACCAUGUCCAGUAUGGGCACAUUAAUCUUGAUAUACUUCACACUCGCCAUUAACCGGACAGUUUGAAAGAUACAUUGAUCGAUGGAGCAUACAUAGAUAUGAAAUUGAAGCGUAUUCUCCAAGUAAUUUUGUGCUGUACUCUUUUCUUGGUAGCUGUGCUGGGGAUAACAACCAUUAACUCCAUGAAUUGAUGAUCCGUCCUGCAGUACUCAUGUGUCUAACGGUUGAUCUCUCUCUGUCAGUUAACAUCAGAUAUCAUCAUAUCAGUGCUGUUAAUGUCACUGCCACCCAAAUCAAAAUGGGGGAUUGGUCCAGCUUUUCCUGCUCACCAAGCAGUUUUUCAUUUUGGUGCCUGCAAAUACAAUUGGUUCAGUACAUACCAUCAUCUCCUGCAACUAGAUGUUAAUCUGCAUGCAUUGCUCCAAAGCCACUUAGCUAGCUAGUUAAUUUUGUUGUGGUUAACUCUUGUUUACUUUUAUUUUCUCAAUGUUUAUGAAUCCUAGCUUGUUCUCGAAGCAAGGGGUUUUGUGCAUCGAAAAGUCUGAUUUCUCAGUCUCAUUUCAAGGUGUUACAACAUUUAAAACCAUUCCAAAUCUCCAACAGUAUGAGAUAUCAGUAAGAAUCUUGAGAGAUUAUUGUAUAAACAGCUGUUGUUUGAUA